ACCUUGAGACGGGUUUGGGAUCAGAAGCUCGGGCCAUGCUCCACUAUCCGGCAGACCCAGAGGCGGCCAACGGCAGCUGCGCGUGGGCCGUCUGCAACGGCAGCGCAUCUGGCGACGCGCUGCAGCUGCCCACCUUCUCCACGGCGGCCAAGGUGCGAGUCAUCAUCACCUUCAGCCUGUGCGCUGCCUCCGCCGUUUGCAACCUGCUGGUGCUGUGGGCGGCGGGCAAGGGCGGGCGGCGCAAGUCGCACGUGCGCAUCAUCAUCAUGAACCUGACGGUGGCCGACCUGCUGGUCACCUUCGUGGUGAUGCCCGUGGACGCCGCCUGGAACAUCACCGUGCAGUGGCAGGCCAGCGACGCCGCCUGCCGCCUCCUGAUGUUCCUCAAGCUGGUGGCCAUGUACUCGUGCGCCUUUGUCACCGUGGUGAUCAGCCUGGACCGCCAGUCGGCCAUCCUCAACCCGCUGGGCAUCUCCGAGGCCAGGAGGAGAAGCAAGAUCAUGCUGACCGUGGCCUGGAGCAUGAGCGUCCUCCUGUCGCUCCCUCAGAUAUUUCUAUUCCACAAGGUGACCAUCACCGUCCCGGAGAACUUCACCCAGUGCACCACGCACGGCAGUUUUGUACAGCACUGGCAGGAGACGCUCUACAACAUGUUCACCUUUGCCUGCCUCUUCCUGCUCCCUCUGGCCAUCAUGAUCUUUUGCUACACCAGAAUCCUCAUCGAGAUCUCCAGCCGCAUGGCUCGCAACAACCUACUAUCCAGAGACGUUCACCUGCGCCGCUCCCACAACAACAUCCCCAAAGCCCGCAUGAGGACUCUCAAGAUGAGCGUGGUCAUCGUGACCUCCUUCAUCGUGUGCUGGACGCCCUACUACCUGCUGGGCCUGUGGUACUGGCUCUUCCCCGAGAGGAUGGAGGAGACUGUCUCGCACUCGCUCACGCACAUGCUGUUCAUCUUUGGGCUCUUCAACGCCUGCCUGGACCCCAUCACCUACGGCCUCUUCACCAUCCACCUGCGCCAGGGCCGCCACAGCAACAGCCGUGCCUCCAACACGCAUAUCACGUCUGAAAACAACCACUGCUGGAUGUACAUGGCGCGCCUCCACGCCACCGCAGAGGAAAGAAGCGACAACAGCAGCAUCAAUAUGCCCGUCACCGAAAUCUGAUUUGUGCCAUUGGCGUCCAAAUGUGCGCCUUUCUAACAAUAACCCCCUUAAUGACUUCUGAGGACGUGAUUAAAACGCACCGAGCGAUGAUGGGCCAAAUAGGCACCUGCGGAAUGAAUUGAAGUGCGCAGCCGGCGGAUGACUUGUGGGUCGGGUGUGUUGGGAUGAGUGUUGCCACGGUAACCACAACCCGGAGAGAUCAGAAUAAUAGCAGGGAAAAUUUCAAACUGGUGACUUUGGGAAUUGCGUUGCUAAAGGUUCCGGCCGCUAGCUUAAUGCUAAUGCUGAACAGCAUCUAUGUUGUGGCGCUACAACCUUGUGAGGAACACAAAAGGUGGAGCGACACAUACAGACAGACACGAUAAAAGUAUUCACAGUUGUAUAUUCUCUUUCCGACUAAAUUUCGACGCUGCUCCGAGGACCUCCGAUGUUUGAAUGAACACCGUGUCUGUGUGUCCGUCUGUCAGAUGGCAGUGGCAACUUGUGCGUCACUCGCGUGUCUUACUUUCUAAAGAACCAACACGCUAAAUUCAUUUGCUUGAAGAGGGAUUUGACCUUGGCGCAGUGGAUUUUUGGUUCUUGUAAGUUUUCCUCCAUUUUUGUACAGUUUACAGUGGUCCGUUCAGUUGCUCUUUUGGUUUGGCCAUUCGUUUCCUGGAAUAAAAAAUAGUCUAUUUUUAGUUCAUAUUUCGGCAUAUCUGAUGUAAAAAAAAAUCUCUUGUUUCUUUUUGUAAAAAAAGUGCCUGCAGUGUUAUUUCUGAUAUUUGCAUGCUUGUGUUUUUGUUGUUGCUGAAAUAUUGAUAUGUCAAUGAUGCAUGAAGCGUUUUUAGCCGGACUUUGGUUCGUUUGUGAUGGCACAAAUCAUCUAUUUCUGUCUUGAAAAAAAAAUUCCAAAGCUUUCUUGUCUAAAAUAUUAUUAGCCAAGGGCGAAUAGUGCGAUUUUCCAAGCAGAUAAAAACGUAAUUCCUUGUCAUCAGAGCACAAAAAUUGGCUUCACGGCAGCGAGUGGCUGAUUGCA